AGAGGGACAUUGUGGGGGCUGGAUGGGAGGUGAGUGGGGCCGCUCCCUCCGCGAAACUCUAUGGUGCCGGGCCCGGGAGCAGCAGCGCGAGCCGCUCUGCCCAGGCCCAGCCAUGGAGGUGAAGGCAGAGGUGCCCCAGCUGGAGUACAUUGCUGUCUCGCUGAAGUGUGAGGCAGAGGAACCAGUGCCAAUUGCAGCCUGUGCCCAGCUCUGUGCCCCUGUGGGCGACCUCGCCCCCGGGGUCAAGCUGGAGGAGGCUGACAAGGAGCCUCUAGACAGAGGGGGAGCACCAGCAGAGGCAGGGCCUGGUAGGGCCUGGCAGCAGGAGUACUUAGUGGGAGACUGCCCAGGGCGCGGCGGGACCGUGUGCAUGGUCUGUGGCACCUUCCUAGGUACCUGUGGGCCGAGUGCUGCCCGGGAGCAUGUUCUGCAGCACCACGCCCACUCGCUGGGCCUCAGCCCGGAGGAGAAGCACAACAUUCUGGAGGCCUGGAGCCAGGGGGGCAACCUGCCUGAGGGGGCACCCCCACCCUGCACCCCAGGUCAGUACCAUGGGGCUAAGGAACCGGCCGAGAUCGAGGUUCUAAUUGAUCCAGAGGAGCAGAUGGUGACUCGGAAACGUGGGCAGCCCAGAGGGCGCCCUGCCCCUCGCCCAGAUGCUAGGGCCCUGGAGCCCGGGCAGCGCCCGCGGGGCCAGAGGCGACGACAGAGCAUGGGGCCUGUGGAGGGCAUGGCGCUACCAGCCAGGGAGCGGAGGAGCAAGCAGCUGAGUGAGGGACAGGACAGGGGCACCGUGAGUCCAGGGACAACAUCCCCCUCAGAGGAGGCUGCCCCAAGCUCAGCGCCCCCCGAAAUCCGCCUCUUCACUGACGGUUCUUUCCCAGCCGGAUUCACGCUCAGGCUGUACUGCAGACCCCAGUCAGCUUCUGGAGGGAGAGAAAUCAGAAAGAAUCCAAGCAUCCAGGAACGGAAGAGCCCAGGGGACAGGGGAAAAACCCAGGCACUAGGAAAGAGACAGAAGCAGCUGAGCAAAGCAGGGACCGUGAGACGGGGCGCAGGGAACCCAGUUGGCAACUGCCCCAUCUCUGCGCUGCCCAGCCAGGAUCUGGACCCAGGUGUCCCCCGCCUCCGCCGCAAGGGCUACUCUCACCAUGGCAUCACCCGGCGCCUCCGCCUGAGCCCUAGCACCGUCCGCUGCACCCUGCAGAGCUGGCAGGCGCAGGGCAAGGCCCCACCAGCACCCUCCCCACCCAAGGCCAGGCCCUUUGACCCGGCAUGGCGCGCCGACUUCCUGAUGGACUACGAUGCUGGUGCCGGCACCAUGGUGUGCAUGGUCUGCGAGUACUCACUGCUGCCUAUUCGACUAGGCACCGUCAUGCGCCAUAUCCGCCAGUGCCAUGCCGAGACCCUGCACUUGCCUCGGGGGGUGCGCCGGGCCAUCCGUGAGGUGUGGGAGACCCGGGGACCCAUCCCUGCUCCACCCCAGCAUGGGGCGCUGAAGGGAGAAUAGCAACCCCAGGGACCUGCCCCCGCUCCACCCCAGCACAGGGCGCUGCAGGGGGAAUAGCAACCCAGGGACCUGCCCCCGCUCCACCCUAGCACUGGGCACUGCAGGGGAAGGAGUGAGGCUGAGGGAGGAAUGGGGACCUGGUCCCGCUCCACCCCAGCAUGGGGCGCUGCAAGGGAAGGAGUGAGGCUGAGGUGGGACUGGGGACCUCUCCCUGCUCCACCCCAGCACAGGGCGCUGCAAGGGAAGGAGUGAGGCUGAGGGGGGGACUGGGGAUCUCUCCCUGCUGCACCCCAGCACGAAGCGCUG